UCAGGUGACAUUCAGCUGACAGAAGUAGCAGACGCUGCUUGACUGGUGUGUCAGGUGACAUCCAGGAACAAAAUAUCUCCAGGAACAGAGAGAAGGAUCUCUAGGAGCACAGGAUCUCCUGGAGCACAGGAUCUCUUAGAGGGAAAGAUCUGCAUGUGCAGAGGAAAGAUCUCUGGAAGCAGAGGAAGGAUCUUCAAUAACAUAGGAAAGGAUCUCCAGGAAUAAAGGGAAGGAUCUCCAGGAAUAAAGGGAAAGAUCUUCAGGAGCAGAGGAAGAAUCAACAGUAACAGAAGAAAGGAUCUCCAGGAUCCUCUCAGGAGCAGGGGAAGGACCCCCAGUGGUGUAUGGGAGUAGAGUGAAGGAGGUGGUUGAAGGAUCCAUCAGGAUGCUGGCGGUGCUGAUCUUCGACCAGCUUAAUGAUGUGGUGUACCUGCGUUGUGAUCACAAGUUUGUCAGACAUGUGUGUACCCUGGCAGCCUCACAGGGGCUCCUCCCUCACCAUCUUGACCCACAUCAGGUAAACCAAUUCUUGCACAUGAACAUUGCCUUUGAUUUAAUAAUGUUCAGUGUGUUUGUUUACAGAAAGCAUAACCAAUGUUUAUGUAUUUCAAACAUUUGUUUGUUUCAGUAUGCUGGGUAUUUGUUUGUUGGAGUUGGUCAUCAAGAAGAAUCUCACAUACAGAGGAUAAUUAGCAUAACUAUUCGCAUUGUGCAGCUCAUUGUUGGACCCUGUGUCUCUAUACUGAAGAAGAGUGAAGAGAAGAGUACUUUGCUCAAUGGUUUGCUGGAGGUAUGGCAGACUUUAUAUGCAAAAGAGCAGAGUUAUUUAGUGGAAGCAGUUGAAAGGUUGGUUGUUAAUGCUGAGCUUUCUGCUGCAGCUGUCAAGGCCUUGGCUGCUGUGCUUGACAAACUCAAACCUGCCAACAAUCUCACUCCAUGCCAUGCUCUGUUCUUUGUCAGAAAUAAGUUGCUGGCAUUAUAUUCAAGUCGAAGUGCUCAGGAACUGAGUGCAUCUGAUGUUCUGUUUCUGAACAUGUUGGUUGAAGCAAGCCAAGUGAAAGAUGCUGACUUUAUGGAAGACAUCAGUCUCAAGAAGACUCCUGAGACUCCUGAUGAGAAGAAGGAAGAUGAUGGUAUUGAGUUGGACAGUAGUGAUUCUGGGGAGUUUUAUAGUAUUCCUACCACACCGUCGCUUGGCAGGAAUAACGGCCGCGUAGAUGAUGAGUCAGAAGGGAAGAUUCGCAGCUGUGUUCUGUUGCUGCGCACAGAACUGUGCCAGUUGACUCCACAUCUGGUACAUUAUGAAACUCUCUCUGAUGGAUUGUCAUUGGUAAUUGUAUCUGAGGUGAACAGAUACAGACAGAGUAUAAGCAAGAUAACAUUUAUGAAUGGAUUCAAGGAAACUACUCACUGGAAAAUUAUGGCCCGGGGGAAAAUUAGUCUUGGAGCCUACACUGCAUUAAGGAAAUCUCAAGUUUUAUAAAAACGUUUUCCAAAGGGAAAGACGCAGACCGUAUUGAAAGGCCCACAACAGGUUCAGUUUCGAUGGGAGAAUAUUAAAAAAAGUGGUCUUGAGGAAUGGUUACGAAAUGGAGGAGAUGUGGAAGUUCCAACACGUGUGGAUGCAUCCCUCACUUCUCUAAUAGACACAGCUCGGUCAGCAUGGCGUGUUGCUUGCCUUGGAGUUAGCACAGCUACCGCUGCUCCAUUAGUGGAAUCUGCAGUAGCUAUGACUGCAGAACGUAUGGCUGAUUAUUGCCAUUUCCUGGAGGUAAAAGCUUUGAGGAACAUGACAUUGGGUUGUCGCUCUGGGCUUACAAUCAAUAAGUAUUUAGAAGAAUUUCCAGGGUUAGUUCAUUUUCUAUAUGUGGACCGUUCAAGCCAUCAGCUAACAUCACCUACGCUCGUGACAGAUGAAUCAGGUGAAUUGACUAAAGACUCAAAUUCUUCAGCAAAUUGUGUUAGAGCACUUACAAUUGCAAGAGUGUGGUCCAUGGUUGAGUUUGCACGUGCACACUUAACUGAAGGUCAUCUGUCUCUAAUGUGGAAGGAUACUACUUUCAGUUAUGCAUAUUUCCUUUGGUUUGAAGACAGUAGUGGAAACCCUCUAAAGCCUGGUGAAUUACACAGCAGUAUAAUUGAGACUCUUCCCUUACCUGGUGUACUCUGUGAAGACUUUUACAGAUCUCUCUGUAUUCAGGCAUUCCCAGGUAUGGAUCCAAAUCGGAUACGUGUUUAUGAGCUGUUUUGUGUUCAUCUUGGCCUAGCCACCUCACCUUGUGUACUUGAACACACUCGACGUCUUGCUGCCACAAUAUGGGAGGUUACUGGACCAAUCGAUGCUAAUCCAGCAGACUUGCUGUAGUAUCACUUCCACCUAAAAUUAAAAUAAAUCCAUAAUUUUUUAUUCGUAUUGAUUACUGGGCAUCUGCUUUAUUUUUAUUUUAUUCCUCUAGAUGCUACAGGUAGGCCCUGGUUAACGGAAUUAUGGUCUUGGGGAACUGCCAACUGCAUCCAGGUUAAUCGAUAUGUCAUCUCCUUGAAACCAAUAAACUACACAUUCUUUUAAGCAGAAAAAUAUUCAACUGUACAAAAGUAUGUACAUAUUAAGAACCCCAUUACAUGAACAUUCAUUUUAUCUUGCAAUUAAACAUCUUUGAGUUGCAUGAGAGAAGGGGCAGAGGGUAAAGGGAAGAAAGGGAGGAAUAGGGUAGGAGAAAGAAAGGAGAGAAAGUGUGAGGGGUAGGGGAGGACAGACUGAUAUUCAUCAUAGGCAGUAAUGUUACGGAAUACCACUGUGUGUGCAUGUGCAUACAUGCACAAGUGUGCAGCACCCAUAUCUUGUCAGCAGAUAACAUCUGUGCAGCUCUGUUGUUUGUAGGUUGCUUGACAUUUUUGUUGCUAAAUGGAGAGAAUGAGAGAAAAUGAGGAUGAGAAAUAGUGAUAGAAAAAAAUAAGAAAAUGUGAGAAGCACAAAAUUCAUUAUAUACUAUAGAUUAUACAUUUUUAUAAGAUAAUUGUCUUCUCUUAACCUCUAAACCACUUCGUUCUUUAGCAUUAACUUCUUAGAACUCAUCUUAGAUGGUGUUAAAUGCAAUAAAAAUUUUUUUUUUAUGUAUUUCUUUGAGGCAAACAGUUAAAAAUUACAGUAUUCAUAAUAAAUGAUAAGAUGCACAAACAACCUGCAUAUAGGAGAGAGGAGCUCAUGACGACAUUUCUGUCCAACUUGGACCAUUUACAAAGUCAUGGUAUUGUGCCUUUUUUGUUAUAAAUAAGAUGGGAAGUUAGGAAGGCAACCCAACACUGCUCACUUUUGUCUUGCCAAAAUUUGAUAUUUAAAUUUCAGUCUUUCCAUUAUAUAAAACAGGAAGAAACAUUUAGAAAUUUGCAAAUAAUUUUUGUAGAUUUGUUUCCUUCAGCACUUGCUGACCCAUAAUUAAACUGAGUACAUCUAAUGUUUCAUAUAAAAUGCUCUACUCAAUGACUAGCAUUUGCUCUCUUCAUGUCCUAACCAAAAUAAAGUUUGAAAAGAAUAAUGCUAGAAUGAUGAACUGGAGGCCCUUAUCUUAUGUGCUAAUUCAGAGAGAUCCACUCAAGAUGUGGUGCGGUAUGUCUCGAGGGCACGGAUCAUAGUUCCUUUAUGCUUGCACUAAAUAGCAUCCUGCUAUUGUUUUAAAGCCCCCAUCCUUUUUCUCUAGUAUUGUGUUUUAUGCCUCACUAAUGUUUGUUUUGCUUUUCCUGCACUACCAUAGCUAGAAUAAUUGAAUCCAUACCUUAAGUCCUCUUAACUGGAAGUACCUUCUGUAGCACACUGUGUUUCAGACUGGUAAUUAUUAGUCUGAAGAGAAUAAUAUGAAAAUUGCCACUACAUUCUCCAGUACAAAUGCUCACAACUAAAAUAAUCUAAUGCUGUAUCUUUGGACGAAGCUACCGUACAUCUUUGAUAAGUGUUGUAAUCUCUCUGAAGCGACUUGCUGUUUGGGGCCUGGUGGCACAACAUCGGUAACAUUGAUUUUUUUUUUUUAAACACCCUGGUCAUCUCCAGCCAAGGUAAAACUGACCGAUCAUUUUCACCAUCACUUGUUCAGUCACUGUCUUUUCAGAAGCAUGCUGACAUCACAGCUCUGAUGACUCUCUGAACUGCUACAUCCCUGCCCCACUAUAUCUAAAACUUGUUUUUGGUAAAGGAUAGUUUAGUUAAUUUGUUGGCUGUUAAAUGGAGUUUGCCUGUACUGUGCUUAUUUUGUAUAUACUUGUUGCUAUGCUAAUAUUCUUCCUGCUUACAUUAUGGUACAGUAGAACCUCUGUAUUUGGAAUUAAUUCCUUCCUGAGAGUGUUCUGAAUAUUGAAUUUUGUCAAUAUUGGAUCAGUUUUUUCCAUGGGAUAUAAUGUAAAUUGGAUUAAUUCAUUCCAGAAAUGUACAAGCAAAAAAUCAUACAUGAUCCCUGCAAGAAUUUUAACCCAUGUUGCCACAUUAGCACUUUUUAUUGCGCUUUUAUUUUUUAUAAUAAAAGCGGUAGAUGUUGACAUGCCAUAUUUCUUGGCUAGGUCAACAAGAUGUAUUCCAUUUUCAUGUUUUGAAAUAAGUUCCUGUUUUUUUUUAGUUCAUUGGUGGUUCUUACAGUUUUCUUUAUUUUUUCUUCACUAUUCUUGUUCAGGGCCAUGAUCACUUAUUUUCAGUAAUAAAAUUAAAAUAACAUAAAUUUAUACAAAAAAAUAACAGCUGAAUCACAAGAGCUCAAAAACAUGCAUCAUUCCAAAUAGUGACAUUUGUGUAUAUCAGUACUAUUUUUUUCCCUCAAUUUUUUUUUCCAAAUACAGUGUACUGGAUUUUAUGAAUAAAGGUGCAUCCGAAUACAGAGGUUCUACUGUACUUGUAUUGGUGAACUAUUCUAAUUUUUAUUGCAUAAAAUUUUACACUUGCUUCACUUCAGCCAGAUAUAUAACCUGGACAGUAAUGAUGCAACAGUCAUUCACUAUUUAUUAUUUUAACUUCAAUUUUCCCAUAAAUAUUUAUCCUUUACUUUGCAAUAGCUUUUAAAAUUUUGUUCUCUAGUAAUUGAUACACGAGAAGGGGUCACUAGCUCAUUGCUCAUGACAUUUUAGAUGCCUUCUACGACACACAUGGCUUACAGAGGAAGAAUUCUAAUUCACCUCAUGGAACUGAAAGAGAGUACAGUGCCUACACUCAGAAGGUGGGGUGGAUAUGUUGCAUUUCAUAGACUCAUUUGAACUGUGAUGGCUGCACACUUCUGACACAACAGCUGUUGAAUAUUUUUCUUUUCACUACUUUGGCAAGAAACAGUGUUAAAAAAUUAAACCAUUGGGCAGUGCUUGUUUUUGAGCAUAUGCUUUUAAAAGUACAAGUUUUGUACAUUGAAACCACAUUAUUUUAUAGCACAAAAUUAUCUUGACAAAAUAUGGCUGAGCUUUAGUGAAAAUAAUUUUGCCCUCUGUUCUGGCAACACUAAAAUUUUUUUGCAAGCUUUAACCAAACAAAUUAUUAGUUGGAAACUUAUUGACUAUUUUCUGGGAGUUAAUCUUCCCAAAUGAUGUUUGAUAUUUGUGUUUCUCUAUUCCACCUCAUAACUACACAUUACCAGUGGUACUUGAGAUGAUUGUUAGCAGUACUGCUAGUAAAUGCAAACCAUGAAUCUGUAAUGAUUCUCAAGGAAAUAUUAAUGUUACAGGAGCUCCUCAUAGACUUGGUAUGAGAAUAUAACAUGAAUACUGUGUGCAUUUGUAGGUCUCUGAUGAUCCCACCUGUAAUGCAGACUAACGAUUUCUUAAGAGAUCUGUUAAAUCAGCUGGGACUCCUCCUUUUCUGCCAGUGCUCUUCCAUUAACACCACCUCUUACCUUCAGAUCUGCCAUUUUGCACUGAAUGACCCUUAUAGGUUUAGCACUUUGGAUGAAUAUAAUUACUGAUUUAAAUCUUCUUUCUUCUUUCAACACACCGGCCGUAUCCCACCGAGGCGGGGUGGCCCAAAAGGAAAAACGAAAGUUUCUCCUUUUACAUUUAGUAAUAUAUACAGGAGAAGGGGUUACUAGCUCCUUGCUCCCGGCAUUUUAGUCGCCUCUUACAACACGCAUGGCUUACGGAGGAAGAAUUCUGUUCCACUUCCCCAUGGAGGUAAGAGGAAAUAAACAAGAACAAGAACUAGAAAGAAAAUAGAAGAAAACCCAAAGGGGUGUGUAUAUAUAUGCUUGUACAUGUAUGUGUAGUGUGACCUAAGUGUAAGUAGAAGUAGCAAGACAUACCUGAAAUCUUGCAUGUGUAUGAGACAGAUAAAAAAAAGACACCAGCAAUCUUACCAUCGUGUAAAACAAUUACAGGCUUCAGCUUUACACUCACUUGGCAGGACGGUAGUACCUCCCUGGGCGGUUGCUGUCUACCAACCUACUACCUAGAACUGAUUUAAAUAUAGAUGUAAAAUGAAAAAAAAAAUAGGAAAAUCUAAAUGUACUGUGCACUGCUAAUGGCAAUGAAUUAAUACAAAUAUUAGUUUGAGAUUUGUGCAGUUUAAUGAAACAAAAGUUGUAAGGAUUUGUGUUAUAUCAGCUGUGGGUGGACAUGCUACAAGAAUGUAAGUAAAUGCUGUGAAGAGUACAGUACAGUACAGUAGGGUCCUGACUUACAACAUUCUGAGUUAUGAUGUGUUGCACUUACAGGGUGUUUUCAUUGCUCGUUAUCAACCGUAAAGUUAAUAAUUAUCUGUACAUGAUCUGGGUCACUUUUCUUCACAGUACAUGAUCUGGGCCACUUUCCUUCAUGGUACAUGAUUGACACUUGGAGCCAUUAAUUAUAGUACUUACAAAUACUGUUCUUCAACAGUAACAAUAAUAAUUUGGUACUUAAUCAUUCUUGUGUGAUCGUUCUUUCAGGAAACUCAUAAUAGCUCACACAUCAAAUUAUACAUAUAGCCAUGUUAAAAAAGAUUACUGAAGUUUAUAUUCACAAGUGACAGUAGUUUGGAUUAUCAGGAUUGUUAGCUCAUAGAAAUGCCCUUUCAAUGAAGACUUAGAAGCAUGAACAGAUUAGAUUCAUGACUUAACAGGAAUCUUAUGGCUCAAGAAUGCAUUUAUGCUUAUACUAUGAGGGUGUUGGGGAAAGUAGGUUAAGAGGUCUGAGCACUGAUUUGGGAAAAUUUUUAAGGAAUACAUUAAUGUUGUUGUCUGGGGAAAAGGGUGAGUGGUGCACUUAGGAGUCUGUGGAGACAAAGAACUUUGUCCUUGGAGGCAAAGAGGGGAAUGUAUGAGAGUAUAGUUUUACCAACACUCUUAUAUGGGUGUGAAGCAUGGGUGAUGAAUGUUGCAGCGAGGAGAAGGCUGGAGGCAGUGGAGAUGUCACAUCUGAGGGCAAUGUGUGGUGUGAAUAUAAUGCAGAGAAUUCGUAGUUUGAAAGUUAGGAGGAGGUGCUGGAUUACCAAAACUGUUGUCCAGAGGGCUGAGGAAGGGUUGUUGAGGUGGUUCGGACAUGUAGAGAGAAUGGAGCGAAACAGAAUGACUUCAAGAGUGUAUCAGUCUGUAGUGGAAGGAAGGCGGGGUAGGGGUCGGCCUAGGAAAGGUUGAAGGGAGGGGGUAAAGGAGGUUUUGUGUGCGAGGGGCUUGGACUUCCAGCAGGCGUGCGUGAGCGUGUUUGAUAGGAGUGAAUGGAGACGAAUGGUUUUUAAUACUUGACUUGCUGUUGGAGUGUGAGCAAAGUAACAUUUAUGAAGGGGUUCAGGGAAACCGGCAGGCCGGACUUGAGUCCUGGAGAUGGGAAGUACAGUGCCUGCACUCUGAAGGAGGGGUGUUAAUGUUGCAGUUUAAAAACUGUAGUGUAAAGCACCCUUCUGGCAAGACAGUGAUGGAGUGAAUGAUGGUGAAAGUUUUUCUUUUUCGGGCCACCCUGCCUUGGUGGGAAUCGGCCAGUGUGAUAAUAAAAAAAUAAUAAUAAAUGGAAAAUAUGAGCAUGUUUACUGUAAGUGACCUAAUGAUAAAGAUUAAUGUAUAUCAGUGAAGUUCUGUAAAACAAGUUACUGAAUGAAAUAGAAUUACCUUUUAAAUUGCCUUGAAAAUUGUAUUGCUAGAUACAGUGUAACCUUGGUACUUGAACUUAAUUCAUUCCAAUAGGCUGUUUGAGUUCCAGUCCAUUUGAGUAUUGAAUAAAUUCUUCCCAACCAAUUUUCUUUUUGUUGGCAGUUAUCACUAGUCUUUGUAGGCCCCAUGGUGACUUAUUUAUACAAAUAUAAAAAAACACACCAAACAAUGCAAAGAAACACGAAAUAGUUUACAGCGAAGUUCUGGCAGGUUGUGUUUGUUUGGUUGAGUGCUGAACUUUGUUUGAGUAGGGAGCUGUUCGAGUACCAAGGUUCCACUGUAUAUUGCUCGAGUUUGUAUGGUAAGAAAAUUAUUAAUUUUGAAUUAAAACUAACUCGGCAACCUGACUAAAUUUACUAUAAUAAAAUGUUUCAUAGGCUACUGCAGCUUUAAGGUUAGCCUAAGUUUAGUUAUGGUAGUAUUAUUUAGCAUCAACAAAAUAAAUUGUGUUGAUGCUGAGUAAUAUUGGGUUGAAUUUUGUGUAGUAUUGUAACAAAUGUACACUUGGCCUAGUUUGGCAAAGCAUUAAUUUCAAAAUAUGCUUUUAUGCAGAACUUGCUAAAGAGCUUGACAUAUACUGUACCAUGUACUAUAUAUUUUUUUAUAUAACACUUUGGCCAUCUCCCACCGAGGCAGGGUGACCCAAAAAGGAAGGCCCAAAAAGAAGGGAAAAACUUUCAUCAUUCAGCACUGUCACCGUCACUCAUACAUAAUCACAGUCUCUGCAGAGGUGCUUAGAUACAACAGGUUAGAUGUCCCUCCAAACUGUCAAUAUCGCAAACCCCUCCUUUAAAGUGCAGGACUCUAGUCCAGCCAGCCGGUUUCCCUGAAUCCCUUCAUAAAUGUUACCUUGCUUACACUCCCACAGCUUGUCAGGUCCCAAAAACCAUUUGUCUCCAUUCACUCCUAUCUAACACACUCACACAUGCUUGCAAAUGAUCACAGUAAAAAAGAAUAGUGCACUUGUAUGUAUUCACACAUCUUCAGAGGGACUAGAAAAGAGAAAUGUGUAUGUUUACUAUAUCCAUGUACUUCACCCCCAGAGAGUGAGGUACAUGGCUUAUAUCUAACCUCAACAACAUGCUUGUACAACCAAGGGCUGAUGGUCAUACUGCCCCUUUCUGUGUGUCUGAUUAUAGGUUACAACAGAAAGGUAUUUGACUAUUAAUGAAGGAAGACUAAACAGUGAAAGCAUUGUAAUUAGACAAGCAAGUCUGCAUGACCAAGCAGGGUAUCUUCCCCCCCCUAACCCACCAUAACCCUUUCUUCAAAAACAAAAACCUAAUUAUGCUUAGAAAUUUUUAAACUUCACUUUUUAAUUAAUAUUGGGAUCAUUUAUUUUAUUGGGUGUAUACACAUUGUGCUGAGGCAUCUACAUGUCAUAUUGCAAGAGAUUAUCUUAAAUAAUUUGUGAGAUAUCAGAAUGUUAAUAAAAAAAAAAUUCAUAAUUUGAAGAUCUGAACCUAAUUUUUCAGUGAUAUUAUGCAGAGCAUCAUGUGGGAUCAUUGUAGUGGUGUAGUGUAUCUAUUGCUCUAGAAGGCUCAGAAUGACACAUUUAACCUUUGUUUUACUAAUACACUAUACAUAUGCACUGAAAACAGAUUCAUUUGGAAAAGCAUUCUCAAGGUAUCACAAAGCAAAGGAUUAACCCUUUGAGGGUUUUGGUCGUACUAGUACGUCUUACGCGUAGGGGUUUUUGACGUACUAGUACGCAUAAAUUCUAGCGGCCUCAAAUCUAGUGGGAGAAAGCUGGUAGGCCUUCAUAUGAAAGAAUGGGUCUAUGUGGUCAGUGUGCACAGUCUAAAAAAAAUCCUGCAGCACACAGUGCAUAAUGAGAAAAAAAACUGACCAUUUUUUUGGAAUAAAUCAGCGACUUUGCAGUGUAUUUUCGUAUGGUAUUUAUUGUUGUAUUCUAGUUUUCUUGGUCUCAUUUUAUAGAAUGGAAGACAUGUUACAGAAAUUGAGAUGAUUUUGACUGGUUUUACAAUGAAAGGUGCCUUGAAAUUGAGCUCAAAGUAGCAGAAAUGUUCGAUUUUUACCAAACUUCAAAAGUAAACAAAUCGUGCCAAGCAUGCAAUACACGUCAACUGGUGAGUCUAAUAUUCUUUCACAAGUGCACCAAUAAUAUUUAUACCAUUUUUUCCACUAAUGCAGUAGUCUGCAUAACAGUAAAUCUUAUAUUUUUUGUGAGAAUAAAAAUUCAAAGUGAAAGCAAAAGAAUAUAAGAGGGCCUUGAGACGUGACUAAUGACUAGAGGAAAUGUCAUUUUAGUGCCAGGAAUGUCUUUCUUGUUUAUUCCGGACCCUAUUCGGAAAUUGGCAUCUUUUGAAAUUUGUGUGAAAUUGGCAAAAUUGCUAAAUUCUGACCACUGUACUGGAUAGUUGAAUUUCAUAAAUGGGUGGUUUCUUGCACCCAUUCGAUAGAAAAAAUGGAGUUCUAGCGAAAUAUUCAUGUUUUUUGUCGACUAGUACAGUGAAAUUGGCCGAAAAUGGGGCUCAAAGUGGGCAAAAUCGCCGAUGCAUAAACAUCACCGAGACCGCUAACUUUGCGAGAGCAUAAUUCCGUAAGUUUUCUAUCAAAUUUCAAACUUUUGGUGUCUUUAUGAUCGGGAAAAGAUUCUCUAUCUUUUCAUAAGAGAAAAUAAUUUUUUUUUUUUUAAAUUUGGCCGACCCUGAGAACGAGUUUCGGAGAGGGCCUGUCGACCCUCAAAGGGUUAAACAAUAAAAUACUCAGUGAGCCACUCUGUGUUAUAUAUUCUUUAGGGUAUACUUCUUCUUUCUUUCAAAACACCGGCUGUAUCCCACCGAGGCGGGGUGGCCCAAAAGGAAAAACGAAAGUUUCUCCUUUUACCUUUAGUAAUAUAUACAGGAGAAGAGGUUACUAGCCCCUUGCUCCCGGCAUUUUUGUUGCCUCUUACAACACGCAUGGCUUACGGAGGAAGAAUUCUGUUCCACUUCCCCAUGGAGAUAAGAGGAAAUAAACAAGAAUAAGAACUAGAAAGAAAAUAGAAGAAAACCCAGAGGGGUGUGUACAGUGGACCCCCGCAUACCGUUGGCAUCACAUAACGAUUAAUCCGCAUACCGCUUGCUUUAAUCGCAAAAAUUUUGCCUCGCAUACCGCUUAAAAACCCGCUCACCGCUGUUCGUCCGAGACGCGUCCAAUGUGCGCCCUCAGCCAGCCUCACAUGUGCCGCCCGUGCCAUUGUUUACCAGCCAGCCUCCGCGGUAACAUCCAAGCAUACAAUCGGAACAUUUCGUAUUAUUACAUUGUUUUCGGUGCUUUAUCUGGAAAAUAAGUGACCAUGGGCCCCAAGAAAGCUUCUAGUGCCAACCCUACAGCAAUAAGGGUGAGAAUUACAAUAGAGAUGAAGAAAAAGAUCAUUGAUAAGUAUGAAAGUGGAGUGCGUGUCUCCGAGCUGGCCAGGUUGUAUAAUAAACCCCAAUCAACCAUCGCUACUAUUGGUGGUACAGCUGCUGCUGCUGCUGCACUGUCAGCUGCUGCUGCUGCUGUAGCAUCGUCUGCUGCUGCUGUAGCAUCGUCUGCUGCUGUUGUAGCAUCGUCUGCUGCUGCUGUAGCACUGUCAGCUGCUGCUGCUGCUGUAGCAUCGUCUGCUGCUGCUGUAGCAUCGUCUGCUGCUGCUGUAGCAUCGUCUGCUGCUGCUGUAGCAUCGUCUGCUGCUGCUGUAGCACUGUUGUUGGUGUGGCUUAUUGAGAAUAUACCAAGAAACAAUUAACCCCAGAGGAUUUGCCACCCAGGAUAACCCAAAAAAGUCAGUGUCAUCGAAGACUGUCUAACUUAUUUCCAUUGGGGUCCUUAAUCUUGUCUCCCAGGAUGCAACCCACACCAGUCGACUAACACCCAGGUGAA